GACAGUGCAUUUAAGGUUACUGGUCGUUUACUUUCGAUAUUAACUGCAUUCGACUUGAAAGGUGUAGCAUACUCUUUUUAAUACUCGUGACUAAAUCUCCAAAAAUGAGAGCUAUCAUCACUUUCGCCCUAUUCUGUGUGCUGUACAUCACUGUACAGGGCAAAACAUCCAACCCCAAGGUCCAGGUGUACAGCCAUUAUCCUGGAGAGUAUGGAAAGUCGAACACCCUCAUCUGCCAUGUCAGUGGCUUCCACCCUCCUGAUAUCAGCAUUGAACUGCUGAAGAAUGGUGAGAUUCUCCCUGAGAGCAAGCAGACUGACCUGGCCUUCGAAAAGGGCUGGCAGUUUCACCUCACCAAGAGCGUCGCCUUCACACCAGAGCGAGGACAUGAUUAUUCCUGCAAAGUUCGACACAUGAGCGAAACAAAAACCUAUUCUUGGGAGCCCAACAUGUAAAGCGAAAGCCAUCAAAACCGUCACCUGGCAGACAAAGCAUGGAUGCUUUCAUGUUUUGGACUUUUACCAUCAUCUGCAGAAACCAUAUUAUCAUUCUUUUCCAAUAUUACAAACCUGGCUCAAGAUGCACUAUUCACACAAAUGACUCUGCAACUUCUGUGAUUCAUCGAUUUUAGUUUUUCCUUGAGUUGACAUUCUUUUUCUCCAUGAGAGUAAGAAUAAUUUAACCAAAACAGCUGCUACAUGUUUUUGGAUGAGCUUUGAUCAGUUUCUGGGUUCUUUUCACUCUUUCAUUCCUCUCUCUGUAAAUUCUGUUUAGGACAUGCAGUAGCAGGCACUUGUAUAUGUAAAACAAAUAAGGCAGUAGGGCUAGUUAUGCCUAUUUUGGGGCUUUACUUUUGUAAUUAAAUUCAAAUAUCACACUCAAUUCUCUCUUUUUAAAACAGUUAAGACUACUGCAAACCAGAUAUUUAAUGAAUAUGAAUAAUUCAAUUUGACACUUUGUUUCUAGUGAAAAUGUAAUUGUAAGUGGGGAAAAUAAAAAAUUGAAAAACGAA